AAAUUUAUUUUGGAGCGGAAACUUGUUCGAGAAACAGAGGUGACACACAACCAACUUGCGGAACGAUUGUUUGAAAAUGAUGGGCCUGCAUCUCCAAAAGAAGUCCGAUCAAAUCGGAAGCCCUUGUAA